UAAUUUUCUUUUAAGAAACAAAACUCUGUUUUGGGGACUUCCAUUGGAACCACAUUUGAUUUCAGCAGUUUAACGUUGGCAGCAGAUUCUCUUUUUCAGUUCCAUCUAUAAUAAUCGCAUGGCAAACAAGCACACCAUUGUUUUGAUGCAAACUUCACAGAACAGAUCAACGAGAACAUUUAUGGAUUACUCUUCCGUAACUCAAGCCAUGGAUGGUAUAUGUGGACUAUAUGAAAGGAAACUUAAGGAGCUAAAUCCAGCAACAAGAAACAUCACAUAUGACAUUGCUGAUCUUUACAAUUUUAUUGAUGGCCUUGCAGAUAUGAGUGCCCUUGUCUAUGAUCACAGUAUUCAAGCAUAUUUGCCUUAUGACAGGCAAUGGAUUAAACAGAAAGUGUUUCAACACCUUAAAAAGUUGGCACAUUAAACCUUUUUCAGUAAAAGAGAAUUUAAUUAGGGAAAAAACAUGUACCAAGUGCAGAAGACCUCAUGUGAUAAUUGUGCUGUUGUUUCCCUCACUUUUUAGAACCAUUGCAGCUUUCUCCAGGGUUUCCAUAAAUAGAAUGUUGUAAUAUAAGCAAAAAUACAAAUUGUGGAGGAAGCUUGAGCUUGUAUAAUCGUACAAUGUUUGGCUGCUUGGUUUGAUUAUGUGAUGGUCCUUGACAGUGUCUCAUUAA